AUGCCAACACACGACACCCAAGAUCUGACCCUGGUGAUGCCCGAUGAUCUCGAAGACGAACUUGGGCUUUCCGCUGACACUCUCGCCGCGCUGCAACACUUCUAUCUAGAACAAGAUAUAGAUCUGAGAGCUUUUGAGGAUCUUAAGUCAAGCACCGACGAGAGCGGUGAGAGAAAGCUUCUCUCAAUAUCUGCGUUCAAGGAAGACUGGAACGCGAGCCAGUUCUGGUUCACAGACGACACAGCAGAGUUCUUGGCCCGGCAGUUGCUCUUACACAGUACAUCAGAGAGCUCUAUUGCCAUCAUAUCUGCACCGAGCAUUUUCCUCCAGGCCCAGAAGCUAUUAUUGACGGGACAAUAUCCUCUGCCCACCCGACUGUGCUUGCUCGAAUACGACGAGCGCUUUGACUUGCUAGAAGGCUUCGUGAAGUAUGAUUUCAACGACCCCACCAAUUUGCCGGCAGAUAUGGACGGUCAGUUCGACCUGAUCGUUUGUGACCCGGCGUACCACAGCGAAGCCUGCAUCGUGCAAUAUGCAAAAUCCUGCAAAUGGUUGACAAAAGCGGUGGAUGUCAAGAGUGACAGAAGUCGAAGCAUCAAGAUGGUCUGUACGGGUGAGGCCUUACAAGAUGUCGUUACAGAGUCCUUUGCUCCAAUCUCAAUCACUUCUUUUCACCCUCGACACACGGUUAGGCUCGACAAUCGAUAUGCAUGCUAUGCUAAUUUCGAGCUCGAAAUACACCAAGACUUGUGA